AUGACACGACUCACCGAGGGUGUCAAGGAUUCUGGAGUCGGGAAGGCUGACGACAAUCUCGUCCACUGUGAUUCCCAUGCUCAACUGGUCACCUUCAUACACGACCGGCUCGCUCGAGAGGACCAGCUGCGUCUCAAGCAGGUCACCGGAGCCGACGCCCGGCGCCCA